UUGUUAGUAGCUUUUUAGCAUUUUUAGCUUAGCCUAGCAUAUGUGGUCCUGGAGACGGCUGUGCUGUGGAUUCUCCGCUUAUUACAGGUGCAUCUGCAGCAACGAUGACUUCCGUUCAUUCUCUGAAAGAGUUUAUCAGUGAGCGACUAACUGCUGCUGCUGAAGAAAUAUUCAGACAGAUUGAAAAAACCAUCGUCGAGUAUGAGGAAGAGAUGGACCGUCAGCGCAGACUGCUGGAUAGAAGCUGGAACGGACAGAAAACCACAACCACAGCAGAUCAUCCACAGCUGCAUGUUUACAAGGAGGAAGAGGAGGAGCUCCUAAUCAACCAGAAUGGGAGCGUCAGUUUGGAGCAACGUCAACCAGAACCAGCUCAGGCCCAGAAAAAGCCGAAACAAUCCAGCCGCGGUCUUGAGGAGCAUCAGUUUAAGGUGAAGAUAGAGACAGACUCUGAUGUGACGGCGACCUCAGCAGAACCACCUGCGGUUUGUAGGGAGCUCCCCCUCUUCUGGAACGAGGAAGACAAGGAUGUUCAACACCACCUGCUGGGUUUCGGCUCAAACACUGUAGACUUUCUGGUGAAAGAGAUAAGUGAGGAGGAGGAGGAUGGCGUUAAGACAAACCGAGAGCAAAGGGCCCAGAAGAGGAACCAGGAGGAAUCAGAAUUUUUACAGAUCAGAGUAACACCUGAGGAACUCUUUACACGUCAAGAAAAUGAGCAACAUGGUUCUAAGCCGGUGACUGAUGUGUUUAUGUUGCCGACAUCGCACAAUGAAAAAAACCUCCAUAACUCUGACCAGAGCCUGCUGUGUCACAUGAAAACGCUCUUGUGCGAAAAACCCUUCCCUUGCACCACCUGCGGUAAGACUUUCAGCCGGAGCGCCGACCUGCUGUGUCACAUGAGGAUUCACACUGGUGAGAAGCCGUACACAUGCCAAACCUGUGGAAAGAGCUUCAACCGGAGCAGCAGCUUGUCCCGCCACAUGAUAACGCACACGGGUGAGAAGCCCUUCUCAUGUCAGACGUGUGGAGAGCGGUUUGGCCUCAACAGCCACCUGCUGCGGCACAUGAGGACUCACACGGGGGAAAAGCCCUUCGCCUGCACACUGUGUGACAAGAGCUUCAGUCAGAGUAACAGUCUGUCCGAUCACAUGAGAACGCACACAGGCGAGCGGCCGUUCUCGUGCAGGGAGUGCGGAAAGAGCUUCAGUCAUCGGGGGGCCCUGACCGUUCACACCAGAACCCACACAGGCGAGAAGCCGUAUUCCUGCAAAAUAUGUGGAAGGAGCUUCAGCGCGAGCACUAACUUACUGCACCACACAAGACUUCACCAUUGACUCCAAGCUGUGAAGGUGUCUCAAAAAGAGCUUUGUUUCUGAAUGAAUCUUCAGAUUAGGGGAGUUAUAAAGGCCUUGAGGGCUGCUUUUUAUUUUUUCAAAGAAGCACACCUGAUCCAGGUAAUCUGAGCUGCUGAGAUAUCUGGGAAAUUUGGUAAACAAGCAGAACAGUAGCCGCCGAGGCCUACAUUUGCUUCUGCUUCCAACUAAUCAAUCGUAUUUUGAAAUGUAGAACAUCUGGAACCUCAAUUCUAUCAUGCUUUUCCCUGAUUUGAAAGAAAGAGCUCCGUAAUGUGUCAAUUUUUGACCACUUGAGUAUUCAGAAAGUUCAUGCCUUAAAAGUUUUUUUCCCCUCAAAACUCAAUGAAAUGCUUGUGAAGAGAAACCUUUUAUAAUCUGUUAUAUUUAAAUCCUCAUUGCUGUCACAAAUAUACUGUACCGUUUGUGAUCUAACAGCUAAUUAUUUAUUUAAAAAAUUUAUAAGUAGUGUUUUGUGUCGUUGAAGGUGUGAUACAGCUGUCUAAGUACAGAUGAACAAAUCAAUAAAUGGUAUGCUGUGUUCUCAUUUUUAUCCAUCAAAGGGAUUAAAAAAAGUUUGUCUCCUA